AUGGAGUAUCAGCAAAACAUCACAGUUCAGUACUGCUUUCCUGACAACAACUCGUCUUGCAGAAAGGAAAUCCGGCAGCUCCACACUCCCACCAACCUGCUCAUCCUCUCUCUGGCUGUGGCGGAUCUUCUCGUGGGGCUGUUUGUUAUGCCUAUGAAUAUCAUGCAGUUAUUAGAUUCCUGUUGGUAUCUUGGAAAAAUGGCAUGCUGUGCUUUUCUAGUGAUCGAUUCUCUCUUAUUGUCAGCAUCUCUCUGUAGCCUGGUUUUCAUUGCAGUCGAUCGGUAUAUUGCUGUCACUGACCCUCUGCUUUAUUCCAGUAGAGUCACAGUUUGCAAAACUUCGUUGUUUAUACUUUUAGGCUGGUCUUUUUCUGUAUUGUAUGCCAUCAUGUGUUACUACUUUAACAACCAUUUCCUUGUAUCUCAGAUAUCAAGUCAGUGCUAUGGGGAAUGUGUAUUUGUCCUGAAAUAUUCCUGGGUGAUUGUUGACCUAGUAGUCUCAUUUUUAGCCCCUUGCUCUGUUAUACUGGCCUUGUAUUCAAUCAUUUUUAACGUGGCCAGACAUCAAGCUAAAGCUGUCCGAGAUGUGAUCAAUGGUGUGUCAAAUAAAAAUCAAGCCAGUGUUUCCAGCUCUUCUGAAACCAAAGCAGCAAAAAAAUUAGGUACUGUAAUUUUGAUUUAUUUGGCUUGCUGGAUACCAUUUUACUUAAGCUCUCUGUCAGUUGAAAGCUUGACAACUGUGUCAAUGGUGUGGACUGUGUUUGGCUGGCUAGUAUUAAUUAAUUCCUCUCUAAACCCACUAAUAUAUGCCAUUUUCUAUCCAUGGUUCAGAAAAUCAUCUAAGCAUAUUGUAACUUUUAAAAUAUUCCUGUCCACUUCUUCAACAUUUACUUUGUUUCCAGACUAUUUUUAA